AACAGACGGUGGGAUUGCAGUGAUGUUACAAUUGAAAACAGACAGUGGGAUUGCAGUGAUGUUGCCAUUGAAAACAAGAGUUGUCCACAACCAGUAAUGAACUGUGGUGAACCUCAAUUGAAGAAGAGAAAGGUUGAAUGCAACAACUUUCCUUCAUCUUCAGAUGCUUCGUUAGUAAAAAACGAUAGACAAGGUCGGUCAUCAAGCUGCUCGGUUGAUUCUCUCAAGCUGAAAGGAGGAAAAAGGCGGAAUUGGCGCACACCUACAAUCAGUCUAUCAUCUUUGAUAGACAAAAACGUAGUGACGUUGGGUCAGAAGGCAAUUUACGUGAAUAAAAAGGAUGACAGUGUUAUGGCAUCGGGGUUGAUCACGUGCAAAGGAAUCAAAUGUUUGUGUUGUGAAAAUGUGUAUAGUCUUUCCAAAUUUGAGAUUCAUGCGGGUAGUAGUAAUCACCGGCCUUCUUCCAGUAUCUUCUUGGAAGAUGGGAGGUCACUGAUGCAGUGCCAAAUACAAAUAAUGCGUGAUGAGGAAGUUAAAGCCUUUGAACAGGAUCCCCACAAGCAAAUGAAGAGCGAUGAUCUGCCACACACUAACCUGCAACAAAUGGAGGGUGAUAUACAGGAUGAGGCAGACUUCUUAGCAUGUCUACAUGAGCAAAUGGGGAGUGAUGAGCCUCACCACCCUAUAAUUCAACAAAGAGAAGAUAGUGUGAAUGAUGAAAGCUUCGCAGGAUAUCGAUCCCACCUCAAUAUUCAGCAAGCAGUGGGUGAUGAAACUGUUUGCGGUUUCACAAGAAAUUUGUGUGAGGAAACGAAAAAUAACACCUCAUGCUUUAGAGGAAAUGGGAUAUGCCACAUCUGCCUUCACAGUGGGGAUGGAUUGCUAGUGUGUGGUGGUGAAUGUCUGCGCAUGUUUCACUUAAACUGCAUUGGUUUAGAGGUGAGAUCCCAAACUCAUGGCAUCUUUCAAUACAAUCCUAUUUUCCCAAACUUGCUUUGUAGAAAUUAAUUCUUCAGAUUUGAAACAAAUUGCAACAUAAUCGCUUCAACGUUAAAUAAUAUUGCAUCCAAAUGGCUCAUUUCCACUACAAGUUGUAGAUUAAGUUCAAUUAGUUGGCUUGGUCUCCUAAAUUUGCUCUAUACUUCAAGCAGAAUUUGGAUGCACUAUUGAAUUGAAUUGAAGUAAAUUAGUCUUAUAUAGGAGAUAUGGCUGAAUUAUAAUCAACUUAGUAUUUAUACUAAGGGGCUAGAUUCUAAAAUUGCAAUUUCAUUCCUUUAUAGUUGGACUUGGAAGGAAGUAAUGAAACAAUUAUAAUUUAAAUGUUGCUUCCUCAUUAUGAAUACUAGGAAAUGUUGUUAUGUUUUUUGUUUUUUUUUCUCUUUAUUGAAUUGAAUUUUCGUUAUUUCUUUUAUUUUUUAAAUCCAAACGCAUCAUAAAUUCAGAUAUUAAUACUAAGUAUAGAGAAAAUUAUGAUUGUUUAUCACCUUCAACUUGAUGUUUGGCGCUCAUGCAGGUUUUCCCUGAAAGUGUAUAUUUCUGCCCAUCUUGUGGAUGUGGAUUAUGUGGCGAGGGUGAAUACAAUAAUGAUGGUGAAAUUUUUGUGGAGAAAACAAUUUUGUUUUGUGAUCAAUGUGAACGUGGAUAUCAUGUGGGUUGUCUGAGAGAAAGAGGCGAUGAAGGACUUGAAAGUUGUCCAGAGGGAAAUUGGUUUUGUGGAGAAAAAUGUUCAGAGAUAUUCUUCCAUCUCCAAAAUCUUCUUGGGAAAUCAAAUUCAGCAGGCAUAGAUGGUCUAUCAUGGACUAUUUUGAGGUCAAAUGAAAAACAUGGUCGUAAUCGUAAUACAUCCUCCAUCAUUGAAGCCAUGACCAAGUGCAAGCUUCGGGCUGCACGUUCUAUGCUACGUGAAUGUUUUGAUCGCAUUAUCCAACCAGCUACCAAGACAGACCUUAUCACAGAUGUUGUUUUCAGUAAAGAAUCGGCAGUACCCCAUCUGAACUAUCGAGGUUUCUAUACAAUGAUCUUGGAGAAAGGGAAGAAACCGAUAUCCGUGGCAACGUUCAGGGUCCGUAGUGACAAGGUAGCAGAAGUGCCUCUUGUGGGCACAUGUAUUAGGUCUCGCCGACAAGGAAUGUGCCGUCUUCUUAUGAAUAGUUUACAAAAGGUAAUAUUUUCAGUUGAUUUAGAUACACAACUAGAUAUUAUUCUUGCCAACAUGGGGGUACAAAAAUUGCUAUUGCCUGUAACUGCUAAGCUUCUACAGUGUUGGAAUACAUCAUUUGGUUUUUCUGUGGCGACGAAUUUUGACAGAUUCAAAAUGUUGGAGUACCCAUUUUUAGAAUUUAAUGACACUAUAAUGUGCCAGAAACUAUUGACAAGAGCUGUAACUUAA